AUGCCUCCAAAGAAAGCAACUGCUGCGAAGCCCGCCAAGACUGCCGCCGCCGCCCCUCAUGCAUCCUACAAAGACAUGAUCAAGGAAGCUAUCCUUGCUCUGAAAGAACGUAAUGGCAGCAGUCGUCCUUCACUCAAGAAGUACCUCAAGGCCAACCACAAGAACCUUGCAUCCUCAGACGCCGUCUUCGAUACCCAAUUUAACAAGGCGAUCAAAUCAGGCGUCGAAAAGGGAGACUUCGCACAACCAAAGGGUCCAUCCGGCACUGUGAAGCUAGCUAAGAAGGAGGCCGUUGCAAAACCUACCGCCGCCUCCACCAAAGAAAAGAAACCGGCUGCCAAGAAGGCUACCACGGCAACAAAACCUGCAGGCACCAAGACAGCUGGUAGACCCAAGAAGACCGACACGAAGACUGCUGCUACGAAAGCCGCGCCGAAGAAGGCGUCCACCACCAAGGCAACAAAGACAAAGGCGGCGCCCAAGGCGAAAGCUAACACGUCGACCAAGCGUGUGAAGAAAACACCUGCAAUGGCCCCCGCCAUCGUCGAGGAGACGAAGAUCUCUGCCAAGACAGCUUCUGGCCGUAUAACAAAGGGACCUGCGAAGACAGCUGGCGCCGUGCAAAAGAAGAAACCCGCACCCAAAGCGAAGAAGGCUGCAACCCCCAAGAAGCCCAAGUCAACGCCCAAGAAAACCGAAACCCCCGCCACAGCUGCAUAG